AUGAGCUUCGGCUACUCUGUUGGCGAUGUGCUCGCCAUCAUUGCACUGGCCAACAAAAUCCGCAAAGGAUUUAUUGGAGCACCAGAACAAUACAAAUGCAUCAAUCAAGACGUUCGAUCGCUCUCCAUCGUCAUACAAGAUGGCUAUGCGAAUCUGGACCACAUGUCAGAAGAACAAGCUACCAACUUCAACGAGAUCCUAGCAACGUGUCAGACUCUACUCCAAAAGCUGGAAAGUAUAUUGAGCAAGUGGAGCGUCAUAUCGGAUACAAGCAAAAGCAAGACAGCGCAAAGAUUGUGGGAAAGGCUGAGGUGGGAACCAGAUGAGAUUAUUGAUUUACGAACGCAAAUCACGUCCAAGAUUACACUUUUGAAUGCCUUUAACGACCAAGCAACAAGCCACAACGUUGCAAAACUCGUUCGUCGGAACGACAAUGACGAAGAACAAGCCAUGUUGGAUUGGAUUAGCUCAAUCGACUACAUCCCCCAGCAAAAUCAUCUAGUCAGCAGACUCCAACCCAACUCGAGAAAGUGGCUUUUUGAUUCAGCAGAGUAUCAGAAUUGGGAAACGCAGAGAGGUCAGGUUUUGUUUUGUCCAGGUGACCCUGGAACCGGUAAAACCUUCACAGCGGCCAUUGUGCUUGAAACGUUACAGGAGCAGACACGAGAUAAUCCGGAUGUACUGAACACGUUUGUCUACUGCACAUACCAAGCACCAGACCAGGAUGCCCGGGGUCUGAUUUCGAGCCUGCUGCGCAAUUCUCUCCAACAAGCUAUGAGUAUACCCGAGGCUAUUUUUUCCAAAUGUCAUCGGAAGCGCAGCGCCAACCAGUCCCUAUUAAGAGACGAGGGGUUAAAGCAUCUGGAAACACUAUACGGUUCGUUCGAGAGAGUUAACUUGGUGGUGGACGCUUUGGACGAAAUACCGACAGAAGUGAGCCGGCCUUUCAUCACAGACAUACUUAAACUACAAAAGAUCUGUGAGCUCAAUUUGUUAGUGACGUCUCGCCGAAUUCCAGAAAUACUGAACCAGUUUACUGCUCAUGGGGCAGCUAUUCUGGAGAUUCGUGGAAGCGACAAAGACAUUCGUCAGUUUUUAAAUGAUUCUAUCUUCCAAUUGCCCCAGUUUGUUGCCAGAGAUGAAACGUUUCAGGCUGAGAUCAUCGAAAGAAUAACUGAAGCCAGUUCAGGCGUGUUUCUUCUCGCGGAACUUCAUUUGCGAUCUUUAAAGAACAAAAAGUCCCGCAGAGCCCUACGAACAUCACUCGACAAGUUGGCAGUUGGAUCGGAUGCAUACGACGAUGCUUACCAAGAUGCCAUGACAAGAAUCGCUGGGCUGGGUCCUGAGUCCGAAGCACUUGCUAAGCAAGCUUUGCUCAUACUAAUAUCCGCCAGGGAACCCUUGGGGACAGAAGAUCUGGCAUAUGCAUUAUCUAUUGAACCAGACAGUGAAACCAUUGAUGAUGAAAACGUCCCAGACAUUGAGGACGUCGCAGGUGUGUGCGCAGGCCUGAUGAUCGUUGACAAGGAGAGCAACAUCGUCAGGCUCGUACAUAAGUCGGCACAUGAAUAUUUUGAACGCCAUCAGGCACAGCUAUUCCCAUGUGCCAGCGACACAAUGGCACGUCUUUGCAUCAAAUACCUCGAUCUGGCAAGUUCAAAAUCAGGAUUCUGCAAGAGUGACGAAUCGUCGCGGCCACCGUUCUGGAGUUACGCCAACAUGAAUUGGGCCUACCAUUUACGUUGCGCUGAAGAAGACAACGAGGUUAUCAAAGAGACGGAUGUUAACGAGGGUUCGAAUAUAAUGGUAUCGAACCUGCAUUCCGUGUCGACUUUGGCUAUCGAUCUGAUUGCAAGAGAUAAAGCAGGGAGCCUACCCUCCGCUCUUGAGAAGGCUUGCCAAGAAGGACGGCACGGUUUAGUGGAGUUGCUCCUUACCGUCAACAACUACGACCUAAAUCGUCAGCCGCAAGGUUCUUCGACAGCAAGGAUAAGGCCAGAUUAUGAUACAUGGUCAGAGGAGGGAAUGACAAGUAACAUGGAACAAGGCGACGACAGCAGAUACAGCUCAGAUGCGAAUGAAAGAGCUUCAUGGCAGUCAUCGGAGUCAUCGGAGUCUUGUGGCUCUUCGCAAGUUCGGGAAAGGCGGAAAAGUGACAUUUAUCUCCAAAACGGGUUGUUUCUGAUAAUCAAGGCUUCCAAUAACGGUGAUGAGGCGAUGGUCGGAGUACUCAUCAAUCAGGGGGCAGACCCUAGCCUAGUUUCAACGUCAGGUUUGACAGCUCUUUAUGUUGCGGCAGAGAACGGACACGAAAACAUAGUCUCGCUUCUUUUGGAACAACCGAAGAUUGAUCCUGAUUACAAAGUUGACGACUGGACUCCUCUACUAGUUGCUGCUUCUCGUGGUCACUCGAGAUGUGUAAAGAUCCUGCUUGAUCAUGCAAAGAGAAAUUAUAGGGACAGGAGGGGUAAUAACGCUGCAUGCCUUGCUGCCAAAGCUGGACAAGUGGAAGUGCUCAAAGAGUUAAUUCAAUGGUCGGACGUCGAGCUCGAUUCUGCAGCGGGAAACAAGCACCGUUCAGCUUUGGAAAUGGCACUCCGAGGAGGGAAUUCCCAGUCUGCCUUGUUAAUAAUACCCCUCUCCGACGUUAGUCGUAUGUAUCGACACGGGGAUAGACCAUUGCACCUAGCUACCAGAGCAGGGUGUCUUGAAGCUGUCCGAUUGCUUUUGACACGAGGUGUUCAUAUCAAUGCAAAGGACAAGAGAGGCAAAACUGCCCUUCACGUCGCUUGUUCGAUUAAAAAUCGGCAAACGAUAGAAACUAUCCUUAAACAUCCUGACACUGACAUAAAUAUCUGCGAUAAUGAUGGCAACACGCCUCUCAUUGAUCUCGUCCUUCAGGGUAGUAACAUAGACCAGGAUGAUAUGUUACUCUCUGUAAAUAUGUUACUAUCAAGGCUUGAAAUGGAUAUCAAUGUACAAAAUCGCUAUGGCAACACGGCCCUUCUCAUGGCAGCGUCUCAAGACGACAACUUCGAUAUUGAUAAAGAUGACGACAUAUUCAACGCUCUGUUUUAUCAUAAUGAUGUGGACAGAAAGCACAAAAACAGGUUCGGUCAAACAAUUUUAACUCGUGCUAUUAUGGCAGGCUCACGCAGAGUUCAUACCAUUGUAAAGGAGACAGAGCUUUCACAUCAGUUCAACGAUGUCGAUGCUGAAGGAAACACGCUGCUUUCUCUUGCUGCUCGGCACGAAUGGAAUGGAAAGCUGAAAUGGGAAGACAUAGUAGACAUGUCACCUCCAGAUGUCAUCAAUCUCAAGAACAGCCAGGGCAAAACUCCAAUCGAGGUUCACAACACAGAAUGUAAAAGUCUUUACAUACGGUAUAAGAGCCUGGGUAGUUUCUCUUUUUCCGUAAGGAGACGAUACUCGCGAGAACGCACACGACGAUACUCGCGAGAAUCCUCCCGAAGUUUUUCACCCUCUUCUUCGUAUUCAGGUGCAUAA